AGUUCAUUUUCCACAGCUGGUGAUGGCGGAUGUUAUGGAAAAAGACACCAUGAGGAAUUACCACAUAGCGUCAGAGAAAAUGAACCCAGAGGCCAGCCGCUACCCGUACUGUAUCGUGUGGACUCCCAUCCCCGUGUUAUCAUGGCUGUUUCCAUUCAUCGGACACAUGGGAAUCUGCACUUCCACCGGUGUCAUCCGGGACUUUGCCGGACCUUACUUUGUCUCAGAGGACAACAUGGCUUUUGGAAGACCAACAAAGUACUGGAUGCUUGACGUUAGCAAAGUCUACGCAAGUGGCUCUAACGCCUGGGACACAGCGGUGCACGACGCUUCAGAGGAGUACAAGCACAGGAUGCACAACCUCUGCUGCGACAACUGUCACUCGCACGUCGCCAUGGCUCUGAAUCUGAUGCGAUACGAAAACAGCACCUCGUGGAACAUGAUCAACCUUUGCCUCCUCGCUCUGAUUCACGGAAAGCACGUGAGCUGUGCCGGCUUCCUGAAGACCUGGCUGCCUUUCCUGAUGCUCAUGGGCAUCAUCCUCACGGUGGCCCUGGCCAUCAACCUGCGGUGACCUGGGAAGGCAGGUUCACGACAAAAGCGGAACCCCCACAGGUCUGAUGUAUGUGGGGCUGACCUAUUAAACAUCAAGGGGGGGGAGGGGGAGAGGAAAGGGGCAUCACACGGCGUCGAGCGAGGAAAUAAAAGACUACUCACCUCCCAAGAGAAGGCGUCCAACACAUGUAUACCAACACAUGUUUGGUCUGUGGAAAGCAGGCGACCCUUGUUACUGGCAUUACUCCAGUGGUGGAGCUGGAACGGCCUUAGUGACAGACAUUCAUCUAUAUUCAUUUAUUUUGAGAGAAGGGACUGACCACCCCCCCCCCCCUCCUCCUCCUCAUUUCCACCACCACUGCAACUAACAGGACCACACAAACACACUUAAUGGAUUAAAGAAAGCUUAAAAGCAGGUUUAAGCUACCAGCACCUGCAAAGUCUAGAAGUUCGGUAGCACGAUUCCUAGGUCAGUGUCGAAUUCUCUCGAAGGAAACACAUCCAUGCCUUGCUUUUCGGAUUUGGAGCGAUCUUACUUUGUAAUGGAUUGAGAUCCUCGUAAUCUCAUGAUUCAGUGCUUCCCGAAUGCCUUUUUUGUUUUUUUCUACCGGAGAGCACAAACAUGUUAAGUCAAUUAGCUGCCUUUCUAGGGAAUUUAUCGCGUUUCAUGCUCGAUUUAACGUAGCUCUUCCACAGCGCCGCGACUUAAACCGAAAUACGCCGGAGCAAGUUUGUAUUAUUGUGCUUUUUUUCCCCCCCCUCUCUCUCUCUCUCUCUGUGUUUCUUACAGCAUUUUUCAGUCUUUAACUCCGCGUGAUAUCCGAAAAAGUCUGCAUCUUCUAGAAAAAAAGAAAUAUUUUCUCAGAGACGUGUUUGCAUUAUGUAUUUUUCAAACGGAUCACCUCAUGGUACUACGGUAAAAAUAGGUUUACAAUAAAUGUUUUCAUACUACAGAUCAUCAGUGCAAUGAUUGUAGCAACCUCAAUGCAUGUGGCUGUGAAAAAUACCUGGAGAAACUUAACACAAUAGUAAAGCUCCAUUUGGUUUUCUAUACUUGUGCCAAGAUGGGAGAAUAGACCAACAUAAACUGUGUCCUUCAAUUUUUAUUUCUCUUUUUAGUUAAAAGGUUCAUUGAUUACUUUAUAAUGAUUGAAAGAAGAGUGUGUUGACUUCUAUUUCGUUCAACCUGAGAAAUGCUCUGUUUUUCAUGAGUAAUUUCGUUGAGCAAUUUCCAGUUGAGUCAGUGCCUAAAAACGACCCUGUAUGCUUAUCUUUGACUCGUUUCUUUUUAAAAAUCCAUUAAUUCCACAUGAUGGUUGGCACUCGAAAUCAGUUGCCAUGGCUGUCGUGAGUAGAUUCAAAUCCCCUCAUUGUUUGCAAUCAAACAAGAAAGAAGGAAAAAAAAAAAAAAGUGUUGAGCCCUCUCUUUGUCUGCGGUGCUGCCAGAAAGCAGCAGGUAGCCAGGAUCCUCAGGUUUUCACGCUCACUACUACCAACACCCCCUCCCCUCCCCAACCUCACUUGCUGAAUUACCCCCCCCCCCCCCCAACUCCUCUUCCAGCGCCCUGCCAGCGUCGCUCCUGCUGUUUUUUCCACCUCUGCAGAUCAGAUUCGAAGGUCAUCGUGAAAUGUCAGAUCCGUUUUCACAAAGCUUUGAUACACAAGUGGCCGACAUCCUGCAAUAAUCCAAAGUAGAUGUCAUUUAAGUGAGAGCUUUUCAAAUUAAAAUCAGUUUUUUUUUGUUGUUGUUGGGUUUUUUGGGUUUUCCAUAGUAAAGGUUGAGGGCUAACGCAUCGAAAGCAGAUAUAUUCCGUGGCCUCUUUGCGUGUGUGUGUGUUUCACCCAUGUUGCCUGUAAAUAUUUGAACACACAUUUACACUGUACACCAGGUGCUCUUUAUAUACUUUGCUAAACUUGACCGCGCCACUCGUACGGUUUAAUCUUCCGCAUAUCUCAUCUCUGCUUUGCAUUGAAGCAGUUUCGUGCCUGAAUGAGUGUAUGAUUGUGUGUGUGUGUGAGAUUGGAUGGAGAGCAUAUGAUUGCAUGCCAGCAUGUGUGUAUUGCAUGCAUGCAAAACUAUGAAGUAGUUUGAAAGAGAAGUUGAUGUUUGACUCAUGCUGUGGCUUCUUGAUUAAUCAGCUGCAUAUAUCAUGGCAGCUAACCGCCCAGCGAUUCAGCUUCUAGGUUUAUUACUCCACAUCUUUUUUUUCUCUCUCUUAAUCACUUAAGAUUACAAGUUUUCUGUGAUUGCUGGUAAAUAUUAGCAGGUAUAAAUAAUAAAGCAGACUGUAACAGGCCUUUGUAUGUUAAUGUUAAUUGGAGGCAAAAGGCUGACCGAUUCUGUAGAUUAGAGCUACAGAGUCAUUUUCUCAAAGCGUUCAAAUGACGGGUUACAAUUGGAAAGAGGGGGAUGGAAAGUGGAAACUUUUGAAGACAUUUUUUACAUUUUUUUUAACUGUGACUUCAGGGCUUUAAGGUCCUCGUCAUUUGUAACUAUUAAGAGGAAAUCCUCCUGUUGUAAAUACAAAUUUACAAGUAUCUAUCUUCUACAUUAUUGGGAAAUUGUGAUUUUGGACCAUACAAGUAGCAUACUGGUAGCCCUAGAUUGAUGUUAUUAAAAGUAGCAUGUGUUUUAAAAUAUAUAUAUAAAAUUUAAUCUGGAAAUAUGCUCUUUACACCUCAAACUCAACAGUGACAUUUUUACAUCUCUGUCCAAAUCGUGGAUGUGGAAAAUAACCUGUAAAAACAAACAAGAGAAGUGAAAAUAACCUCCUGUAAUUGCGCUUAAAUGUUGGAAAAAUGGGGUAGAACAACUCAUACUGUGUCUUUUGAAUAUGUAACUUGUUCUUUAGUGAAACGGCUCAUUCAUCACACGUCGGGAGCUAUGAAAAGGUAAAUGAAUGAAUAGCUCUUUUGAGAUCCGUUGAUUAAACUCUGCUUUUGACAUUUUUGUUCAGCGUUGUCAUCGGUUUACCGCUUCGGACGUAUACAUGUAUAUUUUUAGGAGGAGAGAUAUGCCGAUCCUUCAUGAGGGUGCAUGUGCAAGAACGCCAUAUUCAGCUUGAGAUCAUUUUGAAUGGUUGAGACGUUGCCUGCUGCGGUGCCUUGUUGUAUCCAAGAGCCAGGUCCAGGAAUGUGGAGACCUGUGGUCCCAGCAAUUCAGCCUGUUGACAAAAGACAGUUGGGAUGCUAUUAUUAGUGCCACUAUCCAUAUAUACUUAUACCAGUCUGCAAUUUCAAAAAAACCCUCUUUUGUUUCUCUAAUCCCCCCUGAAAUAUCUUUUAUGCUGCAGAUCAUCUAGCUCAUGGGGAAUUUUAAAAAUCCUGCAAGUGACUGUGUGAACUAUGAAUGUGUUUAUGACUUACAGCUAUAAUACCAAUAAAGAUGUCUAUUAUUGUA